AUGUCGAGUGCUCAGUUUAAAUUACCAUCAUUUACACUAUUUAGAAAUGACCGAUCAAACAGAAUAGGGGGAGGUGUGGCAUUGUACGUCCAUAAUUCGAUUUCUUCGAAACAUAUCUUGAGCUCAACUUAUCUCCAAAAUCAUCCGGAGUAUCUUUUUAUGGAAGUAUGGCAAUCUGCAAGACAAAGAAUUUUGGUUGGUGUUGUCUACAAUCCACCAACCUCGCAAUCUUUAGACGUUCUAGAAGCUGAUCUGGAUGAUGUAUUGCCACAUUACUCACAUGCUAUACUCAUCGGAGACUUUAACAUUAACAUGAUUAAUGUCAAUUCAAAGUCAGAAAGUUUGUUGGAAUUCUGUCGAGGCCUGGCCCUAAAUUUAAUCGAGUAUAAAGCGACACAUCAUACAGUCAGCUGUCAUUCAUGGAUAGAUCAUUGUUUGGUUAGCGAUCUGGAUUCAGUCCUAUCAUCAAGCCAAUCCGAAGAACCCUUUCUUGCUGAUCAUGACCUUAUUUCGUUGAAAUACAAGUACAAUAUAUCGUACUCUGCUCGAAAUAAAUUUUGGUCUAGAAACUGGUCUGGAGUGGACAAGAACUUUCUUCAAGAUACUUGUUCUAGAUUAGAUCUUUUUGACGUUGAUAAUGCUAAUUCAGUUGAUGAAAUGAACACUUGUAUACAUGAUCAUAUCAAGAAAGUCACUGAAUUAGUUGCGCCACUAAGAGAAAUGAGUAUUCGGGAGAAGCCAGCACCAUGGAUUAAUCGAGACAUUAAGGCUCUUCAACGACGGAGAUCAAAGCUAUACAGGAUAUAUAGGAGAUCUGGAUAUGCAUUCAAGGAAUACACUAACUUGCGUAAGGUCAUAAAGAGUAGAAUUUCUGAAGCUAAAAAAAGGUACUUCGAUCAGCGUUUUCAUAAUUGCAAGGACGCCAAAUCAAUGUGGAAUGACUUCCGUAAAUUAGGUUUAAUUAAGUGCGCUGAUUCUUAUAUUAGUCAUGAUUUAGAUCUGAAUAAGUUAAAUAAUUAUUUUGUCACUAUGGCUGGGAGCUCUAUUGAGCAUAUUGACUAUGAGUAUUUUGAUUCGCGUUUAACAACAUAUCAAAGUGCUUUUACAUUUAAAGCUCUUGAUUGUUCUGAUGUUAAAAAGGCGAUUAUGCGAAUUACAUCUAGAUCAAAGGGUCCAGAUGGCUUUGAUAUAAAAAUGUACAAAUUUUUAGCUCCUUACUUUAUACAGUCUAUUACGAAAUUAUUUAACUUAUCUCUCUCUACAGGAUGCUUUCCGUCGGCUUGGAAACAAUCGUACGUAUUACCGUUGCCGAAAGUACGCUCACCAAUUGAGCUUCGUGAUUAUAGGCCAAUAUCGUUACUCUGCACGCUCUCUAAAUCUCUAGAAAGGUGUGUUCAUGAUCAAAUCAUGAACUACUUGACUAGCAACGAUAUCUUUGAUGAAUAUCAGACAGCUUUUAGGAUGGGUUUAAAUACACAAGAUGCGAUUUUGGAACUUUGUGAUGAUAUUCGGCUUAAUAUGAGUGAUUCUAUGAUUACUAUCGCCAUAUUCUUCGAUUUUAGUAAAGCAUUUGACUCUGUUGUUUUUGAAAUUCUGAUUUAUAAAUUGAAGGCUAUGGGAUUUGCGAAUAGUGUUAUAAAAUGGGUUGAAUCUUAUUUAACGGAUAGAUUACAAGCUGUACGAGUUAGCGAUAUUAGUAUGUCCGAGUGA